AUGUCCGACGGCAAAGCUGAUGUGGAUAAGACGUUUACUCCGACCGCAAACUUGACGUGGCCGGUGCUAACCCGAUCAAAUUAUCAGGGUUGGGCGUCUCACAUCCAGUGCAAUCUCGAAGGAUUGAAUCUAUGGGAGGCCAUAGAGAAAGGCGAGAAGGCAGAUAGACGUCAAGAUCGGUUGGCGUUGGGUUCGAUGCUCCGGGGCGUGCCAACAGAGAUGCACUCUAUGUUACUCAACAAGAAGUCGGCGAAAGAAGCUUGGGAGGCAAUCAAGACCAUGCGUCUUGGGGCGGAUCGUGUGAAAGAAGUCAAUGCACAGAAACUCCUAGGCGAGUUUGAGUCCAUGGCGUUCAAACCCGGAGAGUCGAUUGACGACUUUGCAUUACGCAUAACCAAGCUGGUUACUGAUCUGCGCGGUCUCGGUGAGGAGAGCGUGACUGAUGCAAGGAUGGUGAGGAAGUUCCUACGUGUGGUACCAAAGAAAGUACUCUCGUGGCGGUGGCUGUUGAGAUGUUUCACAGGUGCUCGAUACCGUGCAACCAACCAUAUGACAGGUGCCGAGAGUCACUCGCUUCCUUGGAUGAUUCAAAGAGAGGAGCAUCGAUUUGGAGAUGGCUCGAGGGUGGAAAUCAGGAAUUGGGGCGGUCACUAUCGCCGGAAAAAUACAGAUCACCGUGUUCUCACUAAUGUAUAUUACAUACCCUCGCUUCGAUGUAAUAUUGUCGAUCUUGGUCAACUGGAGGAGGCCAAUUGUCGAGUUGAAAUCGACGAGGCGUGA